AAUAAAAUAACAUGGUCUGCAAUUGAUUCAGAAGAAAGUUGCGAUUCAUUUACCUUUUUGUUCAACUUUCAGAUGCCUUUGAAAGCUUUGACAAAUCAAGAACUUUUCCAUCCCUUAUUCAAAUAAAUUUAUUGAAACACCCUUUUUCUCACCAAUCAUUAAUCGUACUUUACAUAGAAAACAAAAAAGAUCUAGCGCCAAACUGAUCCAAACAAUUCGGGUAGGGUUUGACUGGACCAAACACAUCAUCCCAUAGCUCAAGAAUCUCCAUAUAAAUAUUUUCUUUCUUGCUUUCAGCUUUUUUCACUAUUGGGUUUCAUUUUCUGCUCAUUUUUCACUCCGAAAAUGAGCUCUUUCAUUGCCAGAUAUGCUUCUAGAGCCGCCAGGUCGCUCCUGUCUGUUUCUAAGAACGCCCGUUCUUACUCUGAACGGCGAGCUGUGGCUGCAGCAGCGGCUGUUACAUUCAGUGGGAAGGUGCCUUUUCUCGCAUCAAAUUUCGGUAGGGCUGGUUCCUCAAAUGUGUCUCGAGGAUGGCUAUCUGGAGCCCUUGCCCUUCCCGCGGCAGUCUGCAUGCUCCAGGAGCAGGAGGCACAUGCUGCAGAGUUGGAGCGUACUUUCAUUGCUAUCAAGCCUGAUGGGGUGCAGAGGGGACUGAUCUCAGAAAUCAUAUCUCGCUUUGAGCGUAAAGGGUUUAAGCUUGUGGCCAUUAAAAUAGUGGUUCCUUCAAAGGAUUUUGCACAGAAGCAUUAUCAUGAUCUUAAGGAAAGACCCUUUUUCAACGGCCUCUGCGAUUUCCUUAGCUCUGGCCCUGUUGUGGCCAUGGUUUGGGAAGGAGAGGGAGUUAUUAAAUAUGGUAGGAAACUCAUUGGAGCCACAGAUCCACAGAAAUCAGAACCUGGAUCAAUCAGAGGUGAUCUAGCCAUUGUCGUUGGAAGAAACAUCAUUCACGGAAGCGAUGGCCCUGAGACAGCCAAGGAUGAGAUCAAAUUAUGGUUCAAACCAGAGGAACUGGUGAACUACACAAGCAACGCAGAGAAGUGGGUGUAUGGAGUCAACUGAUAAAGUUUUUUUUUAUUCCUUCUUUUUUGUGUUAGAAUUAAAUUUUUCAGAAGCCCUACAUGAAGAGUGAGAGCAGCAGCAUAAUUUUUAGAAUAAAUUUGUUCCAGUUGAGGUGAACAAUGCAACA